ACCGUACUUCUCGCGAUACUUCACAACGUUAUCCUCCUCGCAGCAGAGAAGUUGACAUGAAAUCAAAAGAGACACAUUUAUCUCCACACAGGCACACAAGGGUGUACUGUUGUCCUCCGGUCUGAUAUCCGACAGGUCAAUUUACGUGGAUCCAGUCCCCCUCCGUCAUUGCUACCCGCUGUCUCCAUGACAACUCCUGCACUAGUGUCACCUUUUACGGGGCCGCCGCCGCCGCCUCAGCAACAGCAGGGCCAGGCAGCGCGUGAUGUCAACACCGCCUCAUUGUGUCGCAUCGGCCAGGAGACGGUCCAAGACAUUGUCCUCAGAACCAUGGAGAUCUUCCAGCUCCUCCGAAACAUGCAGCUGCCUAAUGGAGUCACUUACCACCCCAACACCCACCAGGACAGGCUGGGGAAACUGCAAGAGCAUCUUCGCAUGCUUUCCGUCCUGUUCCGCAAGCUGCGCCUCGUCUACGACAAGUGCUCUGAAAACUGUGCUGGGCUGGACCCUAUACUUCCUGAGGUACAACAACUGAUACCUUUCCUCGAGGAUGACGGCACCAAACAUGAUGACCACUCAGCCGGCCAGAACCGCCCUGCUGCCGAGGACAGAAGAGAAAUCCUGGAGGUCAACAAGAAAUUGAAGCAGAAGAACCAGCAGCUGAAGCAGAUUAUGGAUCAACUGCGCAACCUCAUCUGGGAAAUCAACUCCAUGUUGGCCGUCAGAAACUGAACACCACACACGUGCACUCACACCCUGAGGAUACCUGGUCAUGUGAAGGUACCACAGACUUGCUGAAGCAGCAGUUUGGUAAAGAAGUGACGACUCUGGCAGUAUUGACUUAUUUCCUGAGAAAGAAAGUGGAAAAAUGAAGACACGGUGAGAGGGGUGAGUAGCAGGCAACCUACUAAAAAUGUGUUCAGAAAAUGGUCUGUCUACCUCGAUAGUAAGCAUUUCAAUCAGUAUAAUGAUUCUAACUUAUCAUAAAAGUGAAUAUAUAAGCUUUAUCUUUUUUGUAGCUCAUUAAGCGGUAAUAUAUGUAGGGAUAUAGUUAAUUUAAUCAUCUUGUUCUUUCUUUGCGUUGGAAUAUUCCUAUAACAGAUAUACAGUAAAUGUGGCGAUUGACCCGAGAAUAAGACGGACCCUUUUUAAAUAAUAUUUAAUUAAUUUUUUUAUGUUGUAGUUGCUUGAGAGUUGUUAAAUAAUUUUGCUUUAUUAGCCCCCAUUUUUAAAAAAAAUCACUUAGUUGUGUGGUAAAGUGUGAUCACAAGCCAUCGAGCCUUAGUGCGCACCAAAAAGCUUGAGAAAAGAGACUUAAAUCUGAUUGCAAAUAAACUCUAGUGUGGUUUACUUGUGCUCAAUUCAGAAUAUAAAGGUAGACCAAAAACAUGGAGCAAUGGUAAAAUACAGCAAAGAGCAUGCAUAAAAAAUAAAUCUAUACCUUUUGAAUAUAAGACGACUCAUCUUUUUCAGACUAUUUUCCAGGGGAAAGUACCCUCUUAUUUCCGGGUCAAUUUGGUAAUUCAUGGUUCAGCUUCUGAAAUGUGGAUUUUUUUACAUGUUUUUCUGACAAUUAAAAAUAUGACAUUACUAAAUCAAAUAGACAUCAUGGAGUAAAUACAUUUCUAAGGGUGAUCAUUUUUGUACACAAUCGUUUUGGAUGUCAUGAUGCAAAUAAAUCGCCAAGAUGUAAUGACCUAAUAGUUAAAUUUGCAUAAUUGGCCAUGACGCAUUUGCAACAAGUGAGUAAAAUAUGAAAUAUGCUAAAAAAUAUACACAAAUGGAUUGUCAUCGGUCGUUUUUUUGUUUUUUGAAGUGUCACAAACAAAUUGAGUGCCUUCUUAUGCACUCGCCGGUCGUUGAGAAGAGCGAUACUGUAUAAGCUUACAUACCAGAGUCUCCAAUAAUCAGCAAGGGAGAGGAAUAGCAUAUAGCACAGUAUUGGCACCCUGCAGGUAGAGAAUGCCACGAGAUGAUGCCGACGGCAGUUCAUUGAAUGUGUUCUCUGCGUGUCGUUAACGCUAGGUAAUAAAGACAUUGAACGUG